CAUCUAAUUUUAGCAUACUAUCCCAGGCAAAUUUGAGCGGUUGGAAUGAACAUAUGGAGCUUUAUCCUGGAAUUACGAAUGGAAGACCAAAGAAUCCUGAUUAUGCUUUGAUGAAAGAAAGACUUGUGACAUUCGAAGAUUGGUCAAGAGAUGGGAUAGCUAUAGAAGGCCUGGCCAAAGCGGGAUUUUACGCAACAGGAAACCAAGACUCUGUUAGGUGCUUUUACUGUGGUGGUGGGGUGAAAGACUGGCAACGAAGUGAUGAACCCUGGAUACAGCAUGCGACAGUUUUCCCACAUUGUGAAUAUGUAAAACUGUGUAUGGGAGAAGAUUUCAUAAACAGAGCAGCAAACAUGAACGAAGAGGAUACACAGGAAUUAAACAGAAGACUAGCACAACAUCUUGUUCCUGACCAACUAAUAGAAGAUUUAAAUUGUAAGGCCGCAUUGCUUCUAAUAGAUAAAAAGUAUAGACAAGAGGAUGUUGAACAGGCUAUUCAAAAGGCAAGGGAAAAAUACGGCAGUAGAGCACUUAGAGCUCACUUCAUUCAUGAGUUUCUUCUUGAAAGCAACACGGUAACCACGCCUCGAAACAUCCAUGCAGUUGCAUUAUCACGACAGACUAAUAAUACAACAGUUUCAAAUGGUCCCACAGAGCAUCAACAUCUUGUUGGUUCGAGGGAUUUUCAAUCUGAGAAUCUUGAUGCUCAUGAUACUGAGCAAGAUCGUCUUCUGGAAGAAAACCGGGAUCUGAAAGACAGAAUUGCCUGCAAAAUAUGUAUGGACAAAGAUGCGUGCAUUGUGUUUAUUCCAUGUGGACAUAUGGUAUCUUGCAUAGAGUGUGCACAAAGACAACGCAUGUGUGCGGUCUGUAGAGCGGAAAUAAAAGAAACAGUAAGGGCGUAUCCAGCCUAGAAACCACAAUAUUCAAACUUGGACAUCUUUACCUACCCAAUUUUACGAUUGACAAACGACAGAACAGAUGAGAUUUUGCCGUGUAACUCAUCAUUUUUUUCAAGGAAUGCUUCUGUAUAUGAGUCAUACAAUGUAAUUUAUUUUCGUGCGGAGAACUUAAAAACAAAUUUAAAAUAAACUAAAAAUAUAAAAACAAUAUUUAUAAUCUGA